AGACACACUGAGAACUGGGAAGAGUCUAACAUGGCUUAUGCAAGCCCUGGGACUGAUACAUCAACAGACCUAGAUAUCGACGAGAAGAUUCAAAUGUUUGAACUAGGACGUCUUGCUUCUCUUUCAGCUUCUGAUUCUGGUGACAAAUCAAAGGACAAGCUAGGUCAAAAGGCACUCCGUCGUCUGGCCCAAAACCGUGAAGCUGCUAGGAAAAGCCGUCUAAGAAAGAAGGCAUAUGUCGAACAACUUGAGAAUAGCAGGCUGAAACUUACUCAGUUGGAGCAGGAGCUUCAGCGUGCUCGUCAACAGGGCAUUUUUAUUGCUACUCUGGGAGACCAGCCUCAUUCACCUGGUGGAAGCGGAGCAUUGCCAUUUGACAUGGAGUAUGCUCGGUGGCUAGAGGAGCACAACAAGCUGAUAAAUGAAUUGAGGGCUGCAGUCAAUGCACAUGCCGGUGAUGAUGAUCUUCGGCUCACCGUUGAUACCAUCAUGGCACACUACUGCGAAGCUUUCAGGCUUAAGGGUGUAGCAGCCAGGGCAGAUGCUUUUCAUGUGCUGUCAGGAAUGUGGAAGACCCCCGUCGAGAGGUGUUUUCUGUGGUUAGGUGGAUUUCGAUCGUCGGAGCUUCUAAAGCUACUUGCAAGUCAUCUAGAACCCCUUACUGAGCAGCAGCUUGCCAGUAUAUGCAACCUGCAACAGUCCUCCCAACAAGCUGAAGAAGAUCUUUCACAGGGAGUGAAAGCGCUACAACAGUCGGUCACAGAAACUCUUGCAUCCGGACCCCUGUGUGCUGCAGGUUCUUCUAGCAAAGUUGCAGAUUGCACGGGCCAGAUGGAAGUGGCAAUGGGAAAGCUUGGCACUCUAGAGAACUUCCUACGCGAGGCUGACAAUUUGCGACUCCAGACUCUUCAACAAAUGCAGUGCAUACUCACCACCCGCCAGUCUGCACGAGCGCUGCUUGCAAUCAGUGACUAUUUCUCCCGACUACGCGCUUUGAGUUCUCUCUGGAUCGCCCGUCCACGGGAAUGA